AUGUGUAACUGCUAUCAGGCAGGGAAGAGUGUUUCAAAUCUGUCAUGUGGAGGCUGUAAACAUUGUCAAAAGCUGCAUGACCACUGGGAGAGGCUCGAGGAAGUAGUGGAUGAUGUUGUUCCACUUGCAGUAAGGAGCGUCGAGUGUGCAACGGAGGAACACGUUAUCGACAAUGCUGGCGUGGGAAACAAGUAUGUUCUCAUCAUCAUUGACCAGUUCACUCGAUGGGUGGAAGCCUUUCCUGUGCCAGACCAAGGGGCAGAAACUACAGCUAAGACACUCGUCUAUGAGUUCAUCUACAGGUUUGAUGUACCAGAGCCUCCCAUCCUUACACCCACUGAUCUGAAAGAAGUGAUGGAGGAAACUACAGUCAAUCUGAUCUGCUCUUCUGAAGCCCCCUGCCCCAAACAACCUCCUACAAUAUCCUGGUCUAACAUCCCUGAAUCUGCCCACAUUACAACACAGUUACAGGAGAAACCUGAUAAAACCCAGUCAGUGUUUUCAUACAUGACCUUCAAAGCUUCAUACAAAGAUCACAGAAAGAGCAUCACCUGCACUGCUACGUAUCCAAGAAAUUCAUCUGAUGACUCAAAUGUGGAGAGCACCAUGACACUUAAAGUCCUAUUUUCUCCAGAAGAGACUCACAUCACCAUCGAUCCAUCUGAUUCAGUCUCUGCUGGUACUGUGACUUUGACCUGCAAAAGCAAAGCCAGUCCAAAUGAAAUGAACUACACCUGGUAA